AAUCAAGAUGGCGGCUGCAUUUGGUGUUUGGGAGGUAAAGUUUCCUUCUUCUCGUGCGGUUUACGAUGAAGAAGACGAAGAAGACGAGGAGUUAUCUACCUCGGAGAAUGAGUUGAAAAUUUCUGAGUUUCAUUGGAUAUCCCGGAAUAUCAAUCAAAAGCCCUCUCCAACUCACUGCUCCUUACUCGUUCUCGCGAUCGGAGAAGUUGGGACGACAUUUGUAGAAGCUCACUAUCUGUCAGCGGGGAGUGAAAUCGUUGCCUGUAUUUCAACAAAUAAGAGAAAUGAAAUAGAUUUUGAAAAUUUGUGUUCUCCGUCAAAAUCAGACGAGACGAGCCGCUUAUAUCGUUUGAAAACGCCACACGAUAAUGACUCAGCAGUUCUUUGUCAAUGCCCAACACCAGUGUCACAGGAAAAAGCAUUCCAAUGGACUGAAAAGGUAGACAUGCAUACAAUUAAAAAGAUACGGAGUAUUGAAAAUUGUAAGCUCCGUUCAAACGGUCAUGAUAGUUGAUGGUGGUCGACGAUAGUUUCAACUUUCAUUUAUUAUUAUAGACUAGCAUAUUUGCGUUCAAACGCUUCAUGAUAGUUGAUGGUUAUUGACUAAAUUACACGGUGAAAUCACCUAUUUGUAAACAAAUGUGUCAUGCCCUGAGGUCAGCAACUUUGGCGGCGUUUGAAAUUUUUUAGUCAAGAGGUUGUAAUUGCUCCACACUUUCUCUUUACAUUUCCUAUGAUGCUGACAAGGAAAAAAAUUUUUUCAGUAGUAUUCAUUAUCUAAUGAUAGCCUUAUCUGCCGAUUGCCGGCCAAAAAUCCAGGCGGUGAUUGCUGCUUUUUCAUUGGCAAAUAUCACCAGCAGUGGGUGCAUAGUGACAACCUUGGUAUGCUUGUCAGAUAUGUACCAAGUAGAGGUCUUGCUCAACAUAGCUCUCUCAGUAGCUCAAUGGUAUAGCAUCAGAGAAAGAAUUAAAAGGUCUGAGGUUCGUUUCCUGUUUAGGGACUCAAAUUAUUUUUGUGUGUAUCCCACUCUCAUCUUUCUUUAUGAUUUUUCAGUUGUUUGAAUUUCUAAAGCCAUCCAAAGUUGUCAUCUUAUCAUCAGCACCAGCCUGUGAAUAUCACACUGACACACCUGAAAAUCUCAAGUCUGACUUUGUGAAAGUUUUAAAGACAGAUUCCUGGCUGGAAAAGUUGUCACAGAAAGAGUGCUCUUUGUUGGAAACUCCCAAUGUCAUCAGUGGAGUUGCAGCUUCAGGUGAGAAAUAAUGAUGUGAUUACAGUGAAACUCCCCUCACUCAAAAUAAGUUAAUAACUUGAACAAGAUUCAGUUUCCUUUAAACCAUUUUUUCUGUCAAUUACUAUUCUUAGCUAACUUGAAUGCCCACUGACUUGAACCAUGUUUUCUUUCCCUGGGGAGUUUAAGUCAGAGAAGUCAGAGUGGAUCUUCUAUAGUCGCCACCAUUUUUAUCACCAUGUCUAGGACAAAAAAUUUUAACUUGCCAUGAAAGUCAGAAAUUUGGUGAUCUGUGUCUGUUGGUCUUGUAGCAAGCUGUAACAUUUUGAUUACCCAGUGCAUAUAGCCUCAAGUUAACCUUUUGACCUUAAGAGUGACUAGCAUCUUAUUCCUCCUUACAAUAUCACCCCUGAAUCUUAUAAUCAGGUCAGAAGAAUAAAGGGAAAUGAUAACCAACUAAAAAAGCUUUUGAUAGUUAAAUGCAUUCUCCUUGUCAGCACCUUAGGAUAUGUAUAGAGAAAUGUAUGGAACCCUUGAAUGUAUUUUUUGAUGAUUUUGAUAUUAAAGAGGUAUUAGAAACUUAAUUCUGUUUUAUUGAUGAUAAAAUAGUAGUUUAAACUAGUCAUUAAUGUGCAUAUUUAUUCAUUUCUGUAGAGGAUAUAUUUAUUUAGAUACUUAAUUGCUUUUUAUCUCUUUUUGGUGCAGUUUUGCAGUAUUGUCAGAUCCACAAUUUAGCUGCAGCUUUAUUUGUAUGCUUCAUGGAGUCAUCUCAUGUGGAUUCACAAUCUGUUGAAACCUUCAAAUUCCUCCUCAGAAGUCCUCCCUUAAACUCACUUCACCAGGUAAUAAGUUGUUAAGUGCAUUUUGCUAAUAACUUUUCAAGUUCAACAGUGAGAGGGAGAAAGAGAGACCACCACCUUGUGCCCUCCCCUAUCUUUAACCCUUUCCCCCCUCCCCUAGACUUAUCCUCUUGCCCCUUUCCCCUAUCUUUGUCCCCUUCCCCCCCCAGAUUUAUCCCCUUACCACCUUCCCUAUCCUUAAUCCUUUCCCCCUUCCCCCUCCCCAAGACUUAUCCCCUUCCCCCUCCCCUAGACUUAUCCCCUUCCCCCUUCCCCCUUCCCCCUCCCCUAGACUUAUCCCCUUCCCCCCUCCCCUUCCCUUGUGGGGUGAUUAAACACCUCAAGAUGUGUCAGGGCAGAAGCAUGACUGCUUGAGAAAAAGUGGUAAGCAUUGAAAGCUAGAUAGAGAACAGCGCUGAAGGGAUUUUCAUUUUUUUAGAGAUCAUUAUUUCAAGAAUUUUGUUUAACUUAUCUUAAAUAAGGCUUUUUAUUUAAAUUUGAGUAUAUGGGUCAAAAGUUCCAAAAAAAUUUCAAAUAAUCGGGAAAUCAGUAUAGGGGAUGUUUGGAGGAAAUGAUAAGAAUGAUGAAGUUGCUAGGAAACUGUGCCAGCUCUAUAUCCCAAGGGGUGAUACCGGCUUGCUGCAAUGACAAUAUCCCUACUUGGAUUGAAACCUUAAAACACGAAAUAAUAUGAUAACUAGUUUCCUUUUUUCUGUUUCCCUAAUGGCAGGCAUCCGCUGAACAAGUAACAAAAGUACUGAAGUCACUAAGAUCUGGAAAAUUGAUAGAGAUGAACAUGUACAUGUAG